AUGACACAGUUAAAGGCACAACAGACAACUCAAAAAGCACAAAAAAUUUGGCCUGCUUUAUAUCAGUCAUUUAUCACACUUUCAAGUACCACUGAGAAGAGCUCCAAAAUCUCGAACACCGAUGAAAUGAAAAAGGUGAAUGGUAAAAGCAAUGCAGAAAGAUUACAAGAGCGUCCUUCUAUAGAGGUUCCAAUCUAUCGCCUGAGGGUUGCUGAAAUCACAAAAAAUUGGCCCUGGUACUUCUACCUAAAACAAAAAUUUUUGGACCGUACCUUGAGAAAUAUUAAUCUAAAAACAAUCCAGUUACCUGUUAUAUUUUUUAAAAUUGUCACGAUAAUGGUAAAAAUUGUGAUAUUUCAAAAAGAUAAUACUUGUGGCAAUAAGUCGCCUAGUUUCUUGUAUCAGUUGGAAAAGUUAAUGGCAUUUGUUUGUUGGAGAAAGUUGUUUUUUCCACACCUCUGCCUCUCUUGUCCCCCUCAAUUUUUUCCCCUUCUGUUAUUUAUUUACCAUCUACGUAUUCAUAUCCCUUGCAGUGAUGCAAAUACAUCCAUAGAACACUUUGAUAGAUCAAAUCAGGAUUCUUCAAAUCGAAAACCUUUUCAGCAUUCCACCAUUUAUGCAUUUGAUUACUUGCCUCUAUGCUUUCGCGAGUAUCUGCUUGAUAUCACACGAAAAUGUUUCAUUGUAUGCCUAGUUUUAGUAAUAAAUAUGUUGCAUGUGAUUUUAUUAAAAAUUGAAAUAGUUUUAUGUGCUCGCGGCAUGCCUAGACCUAAGUGCAAAUGUCGUGACCAUUGUGUACCAAGUCGUUGCUCUAUCAAAUUUACCAUUGUUAAUAAUGUUGAACACGUUUCAUUAAAAGAAAUUGUACAAAUUCUCAAGGGAACACCUUUGGCAUCUGCCUGCUUUUGA